AUGCCUGCAUUCGACGAGCCCACCACCCCAAAGGGCCGUCUGCUCCUCGUAUCGAACCGACUCCCCAUCACCAUCAAGCGAUCAGACGAGGGACACUAUGACUUCUCAAUGUCUUCAGGCGGCCUGGUUGCCGGACUCUCAGGACUCUCCAAGACGACCAAGUUUCAGUGGUAUGGCUGGCCAGGUGUUCAGGUGCCCGAGAACGAGAUCUCGCACGUGAAGGGACGACUCUUCGACGAGUACGGUGCUGUGCCGAUCUUCAUGGACGAUGAGCUAUCAGACCGUCACUACAACGGCUUUUCCAACAGCAUCCUCUGGCCGCUCUUCCACUACCACCCUGGCGAGAUCACGUUUGACGAGUCUGCUUGGGAUGGUUACGUCGAGGCCAACAGACUUUUCGCCAAGGAGAUCGCCAAAGACGUCCAAGACAACGACCUCAUCUGGGUCCACGACUACCACCUCAUGCUUCUCCCUGCCAUGCUUCGAGAAGAACUCAACAAAGAAAGUCCCAACCGCCGCAAGAAUGUCAAGUUCGGUUUCUUCCUUCACACGCCAUUCCCAUCAUCCGAGAUCUACCGAAUUCUACCAGUCCGCAACGAGAUCCUCCAAGGUGUCUUGCACUGCGAUCUGAUCGGCUUCCACACCUACGACUAUGCUCGGCAUUUCCUUUCAUCCUGCGCCCGCAUCCUAGGACUGGCCACUACACCAAAUGGCGUCGAGUACGAGGGCAAGCUGGUCACUGUUGGUGCAUUCCCCAUUGGCAUCGACCCGGAGAAGUUCUCGCAGGGUAUGGAGAAGGACAAUGUCAUCAAGCGAAUUGAUACAUUGAAGAAGAAGUUCGAGGGCGUCAAGAUCAUCGUCGGUGUUGACAGGCUCGACUACAUCAAAGGCGUUCCUCAGAAGCUGCAUGCCCUUGAAGUCUUCCUCACCGAGCACCCCGAAUGGAUUGGCAAGGUAGUGCUGGUGCAGGUCGCCGUUCCGUCGAGACAAGAUGUCGAAGAGUACCAGAACCUCCGCGCCGUCGUCAACGAGCUCGUCGGCAGGAUCAACGGCAAGUUCGGCACCAUCGAGUUCAUGCCCAUCCACUUCAUGCACAAGUCGGUCAGCUUCGACGAACUCACUGCUCUCUACUCAGUGUCAGACGUCUGCUUGGUCAGCUCCACGAGAGACGGUAUGAACCUGGUCUCGUACGAAUACAUCGCCUGCCAGCAAGAUCGCCAUGGUGUGCUCAUUCUUUCCGAGUUCACCGGCGCCGCACAGUCUCUCAACGGUGCUCUCGUUGUCAAUCCAUGGAACACCGAGGAGCUGGCUGACUCGAUACACGACGCUGUCACCAUGGGCGAUGAGCAGCGUCUGCUCAACUACCAGAAGCUUGCCAAAUACGUCAACAAGUACACUUCGGCCUGGUGGGGCGAGAGCUUCGUGUCAGAGCUCACACGCAUCAGCGAGGCAGCCGAGAAGAAGUUGAGGAUUCACCGGCAAAGCACCGUCGAACCGGCCGACAGCCAGAGCCGGCCUGAAGGCUUGAGACAGACAUUCAGUCAACCUCCCGCUAUCGCUAAUGGGGUCGAAGACAACCAGGCGAGCAAGAGAGAAGACUUGGAUAAGUAA